AUGUCACCUAGCAUGACCUCGCUUUCACAAGCAUUGCCAAAGCCAAUGUUUAAUGGUGAGCCUGAAGAAGCGCCUAGCCAUACCAAGGCCAAUGGACUUAGGGUAGUCGGAGCUGGAGUGCUGGAUGAGACACAGGUCGUUUUAAAGGUAGGCAUAACUUUCUUCAGCAACGACGAGACACUACAGCUAAAAUGCUUACAGCGCCAUGGGCCUCCGGCGUACGGUUUGCGCGCUGCAUGGCGGCCAAGGGGCCCAGAUGAUUACGGUGACGGAGGGGCUUUUCCCGAGGUUCCAUUCGCCCAGUAUCCCCUUGACAUGGGACGAAAAUCGUCCUCGUCGUCUUCGAACGCACUAGCGUUAGAAGUAGAUGCCGAAGGGAAGGUCAAAUAUGAUGCAAUUGCUCGACAAGGCCACGGCGGAAAUCGGAUCAUUCAUACGUCUUUCAAAGACUUGAUACCUUUGCGGCAAAGGGCAGAUGUGGGAGAGCUAUCUCUCGAACGCCCCUCAGAAGAAGAUGUGGCUCAACAAACAGAAAAGACCAAGGAGGCGCUUGCAAAAUUGGUGACUGGCGCUCUUGCAGCUCAAAAGCCAAAGCAAGUGAAUGGGUUGAAAAAGAAUGAGGCUACUUACGUUCGCUACACCCCUGCGAACCAAAUGGGCGACACCUCUCGCAAGAAUGAUCGCAUAAUGAAGAUCGUCGAGCGACAGCAAGACCCCAUGGAACCCCCUAAAUUCAAGCACAAAAAGAUACCUCGAGGCCCACCCUCUCCGCCUCCACCUGUCAUGCGUUCACCUCCCCGAAAACUUACUGCAGAAGAUCAAGAAGCGUGGAAGAUUCCGCCUCCUGUCUCUAAUUGGAAAAAUCCAAAAGGCUAUACCGUUCCCCUUGACAAGCGGCUCGCGGCGGACGGUCGUGGGUUGCAGGAUGUUACUAUAAACGACAAGUUUGCCCAAUUCGCAGAAUCGCUCUUUACGGCAGAUAGGCAUGCCAGAGAGGAAGUCAAGCAACGAGCAGCAAUGCAGCAAAAACUGGCUGAGAAGGAACGAACCCGAAAAGAAGACCAGUUGAGGGCACUCGCGCGGCGAGCUCGAGAAGAACAAGCUCAAGCUAGUGGGCGUGAGACAAGGGCAAGAUCUUACAGCAGAAGUUCAGCAUCUUCGAACAGAUCAGACAGCGAGGGUGAAGAGGCCGCAAGAGAACGUCAACGAAUGCGACAAGAACGGAAGAAGGAAAAUGAAAAGCAAUUCCGCCAGUCUCGGAUGGGUGCAGAGCGUCGAAUGCAGAUGCUCGCGAGGGAGCAGAAUAGAGAUAUAUCAGAGAAGGUAGCGUUGGGACUGGCAAAACCUACUCAAUCUAAAGAAACCAUGUAUGAUUCCCGGUUGUUCAAUCAAACUAGCGGGUUUGAUACAGGCUUCAAUGAAGAUCAGGCUUACGACAAACCAUUGUUUGCUGCUCAGGACGCUUUAAGUAGCAUCUAUCGGCCCACUACGACCGCUGAAGAUGAGGACGAGGUGGAGGCUGGCACUAAGGAAUAUGACAAGAUUUCUAAGAGCAAUAGAUUCGAGGUUUUGGGGAAAGCAAAAGAAGGGUUUAAAGGGGCUGCUGAAGCUGCACAACGAGAGGGCCCAGUACAGUUUGAGAAAGAUGUCGCUGCUGUUGGUGGUGACGAUCCUUUCAAAAUCGAUGAGAUGAUACGAGAAGUGACUGGUAAAUCUGGAGGAGCUCAGAAGCAUGGGCUUCAGGAAGACGAAAGGGGGUCGAAGAAGCCGAGAUUGAAUGAAGACAAGUAA